AUGAGCAUGCGCAAGAGAUCACUACCUAUCGAAGAGGAUUGCUACCCUGAAUGCCCUUUCACUAUCUCUUACGAGACUUAUCACCAGAGAGGUCAUGAAAACAAGAAGCGGAAGUCUAAAAAUCGAGAUGAGAACAAACAGGUUCAGUCGCAAACCUCUCCUUUCAACCCGGAGGUCAGGUUAGAAGCGCGUACGAGUAGGGAUAUAUAUUACACCAUCAAGCCUCAAGAACAGUGGCGAGACAUGAAACGCUACAAUAACUUUAUUCUGAACCAAAACAAAUAUAAUACAGAAAGUUUCGUAUAUGUUGCUAACGAGCUAUCAAUUGAAAAUAAAAAGGCUCAAGAUCGUGGUCUGGGCAUUUGUAAGAAGAACAAAGAUGAGUGGGUAGCGCGCAUCCUCGAGAUCCGUGCUUCUGAUAAGGUUCACGUCUAUGCACGCAUCUACUGGAUGUACAGACCCGAAGACCUCCCUCUGGGGACCGUUGAYGGCRACAAGAARAYUCRAGGCCGUCAGCCGUACCAUGGCGUCAACGAACUGAUCGCUUCCAACCACAGUAUGCUCCAAAAUGUUACCGACAUACCGCAAUACGACUAA